GCAGCCAGCGAGCGAGCCCCCAUGCAGGAGGGCGCGACACUGAGGUUAACUCGGAGACGAGUACCGAAAACUUUCCAAGUAGGGGAGGCGCGCUAGGGGAGAGAUUUCGAGCAAGUUUGGGCACCAAAGCAAUCCCGCACUUGUGAUGGAUGUAGAACAAGGCAAAAGCGAGCUGGGGGGAACUGUCACGUAUUCUGCGGCUGGGUUUCGCGAAAGCAGGGUGGAUCUAUCCGUAGUUUCAUACCGGCAGUCGAAUCUUCAACCCCCUCACUAGCAUGGCGACGCCUGUCCCGCUCCCACUUCAAUAAAACAUCUCACCGCCAUCUUGGCCGAUGCUCUCAUGCCACGGAACGCAGAAUUUAAGGAAGUCCAUGGCGACAGAAGCCUAUAAUUAGCCCGCGCUGUUGGGUUGAAAUUCCGUUUUCGGGUGUGUGUGUGCUAAUGUGUCUCAUCUGGAGGUGCGCUAAGUGAGAGGAACGUAAAUUUCGUGCCAGCGGACGGAAUAGUACUCGAAGUACAAGAGUAGAGGUACAGGUACGUGCGGCAUUGGGUCCUCUGGUGGCGACGUGACAAGAGAGCCCUACCAUGAGAAUGGAUUGAUCAGAUCCGGCGGAGCAUGUGGACAUUGAAUUAGAGCGCAGUGGGUGUCAGCUGCGUUGGAAGGGUGCUCGACAUGACCUGCAGAGAGGAAGGUGCUAGGAGCUUUUAAGAUCAGCUCUGGGUCCGUGGACGUUGACACUAAUUCGACACCGCAGAAGAGUGAUGGCAAAAGAUGGGCUUGUUCGAUGCGUUAUCCCACCUGUAGACUCAAUUAUCCUGAUGAUGCUGUAAUUAGGCCAUGGUAGGGCAGGAGCGAAUGAUACUGCGCGAGUAAAAAUAAGUUUCCCGUGGAUUGCCGGAUGCUGCAAAGGUUGGAUAUUAGAAUUGGGGAAAAACCAAAAAAUAUGAAAUAAAACUCAUGGACUCUUUAUCUCUUGUCGUUGCCGGUGGUAGUGUACGAAAUUUGAAGGUUCGGGGAAAAGCUUGAAAAUACGGAUUAGCUAGUGCAGGUUAAGUGAACCUCUGCCAAUGUUGUGGACGUUUUUGUCCGAAGGGAGUGGUUUGCGAGUAUAUUAUUGCUGUCCAUGCACAGGCUCUCCGUGUGCCGAGCUCAUUUGAGUUUCAACUUGCGAUCGAAUCAUCAAGGAGUUUCUACGAGAUCUGGUAGCGCAGACUGCAUCUGCAACUGUCGAGUUUCAAGCGCCUGGUCUUGAGCCCUGACUUGCACUUGAACUUCCGAGCUUGCGAUUUCCUUCCCACAACUCAUGGGGAAUUCAGCGGCUGGUCGCUCUAAGACUUCGGAGAUGAAAAACGGAGACUGCAGCAAUGCAAAGUCGACGGCUUAUGUGUCCCUUGCCGCACGUAAACUGAGCUUUCUGGGCGCGAAGCGUAGAUUUGUGGGAAGUGCGAAGAAUGUGCUGUUCGGGACGGUUCUGAAUGUUCUGAUUGUGGCUGUUCCCUUAGCGAUUCUCAGCAAUUACCUCAGAAUUGGAAAUUCGUGGGUUUUCGGCCUCAGUUUGAUAGGAAUCAUCCCCUUGGCGGAACGACUGGGAUUUGUUACAGAACAGUUGGCGUACUUCACGGGUCCCACUGUAGGUGGCCUGUUGAAUGCUACCUUCGGCAAUGCCACUGAGAUGAUCAUCUGCGUGUUUGCGCUACAAAACAACAUGGUCCGGGUUGUGCAGCUGUCGCUCUUGGGAUCCAUUUUGUCCAACAUGCUGCUGGUUUUGGGGUGCUCUUUCUUGUUUGGAGGGUUCGCAACCUCGAAGAAAGAACAAACAUUCGAUAAGUCGGCUGCGCAUUUGAAUUCGAGCUUGUUGUUGAUGGCCGUCAUGUGCGUUCUCUUUCCUGCGGCUCUUCAUGCCACCGGGACGGAGGUUCACCUGGGGCAGUCGGAGCUCACGCUUUCGAGGAUCACCAGCUGUGUCAUGCUCGUGGCGUACGCUGGAUACAUCUGGUUCCAAAUCAGAAAUCCUCUGUCUCUUUUAGAAGAGGAUGUUGAAGCCGGUGAGGACGGAGAAUCAGAAGAGUUUGAAGUCGAUGCAUGGAGUGCAGUUUUUUGGCUGGCCUUUCUCACUGUCUUCAUAUCUAUUCUCUCGAAGUACAUUGUUGAUGCCAUUGAGGGUGCUUCGGUGGAUUGGCACAUACCCGUCGCUUUCAUAAGCGUCAUCAUCCUGCCAGUUGUGGGGAAUGCGGCGGAGCACACAAGCGCUAUCAUAUUCGCAAUGAAAGAUAAUCUGGCCCUCUCCUUGGCUGUGGCAAUCGGUUCCUCCACCCAAAUCUCCAUGCUUGUGAUCCCUGUCUGUGUGAUCCUGGGCUGGCCCAUGGGAGUGACCUUGGAUCUAAACUUCGAGUUAUUUGAGACGGCAGUGCUCUUCAUCUCUGUGCUCGUGGUGACAUUCAUGUGUCUGGAAGGAUCUGCAAAUUACUUCAAAGGUGUAAUGCUGGUGUUGUGUUACUUCAUCGUGGGAGCCAGCUUCUUCGUCCAUGUAGAUCCUCCGACCCAGUUAAAACCUUCUGCAUGAGAGACCCAGCGCCGUUGUAGAAAUAACCUGAGCUUUUCCUCUUGUACAGUCAAGGCCGCUUUAUCUUCCCUUCUAGUUGUUUAUUAGAAUCUAUGUCAACACGAAGUGCUGCGGGCAUAUGAAUUAGUCCCUUUUUCGUUUCAAGCCAAUUGAAUUGGCUCUCUUACCAUCAAAGGAUGGCAGUAAGAACAAAUCUGAUUAGCGAUGAGUGCCAACAGAAUCACCCCUGCACAAUCACCGAACUCACGAGUGGUUCGGCAGCCAGGAACCAGAUUUCGCUUCUGUUCCAAUGCAGUGAAGCGCCGUGCUACGCUGCAAUGGACAUGACAUAAAUAUAUUGCUCUGACUUUGCUUUUUAA